CAUCAUUGCAGGAGAUGUGGAAAGUGCUUUUGUGAUAAAUGCUGCAGCAAGAAAGUGCCUCUGCCUCGUAUGUACUUUGUUGAUCCUGUACGCCAGUGUGCUGAAUGUGGGCUCAUUUCUCAGAAAGAAAUGGAGUUCUAUGACAGGCAACUCAAAGUGCUUAUGAAUGGUGCUACAUUCUUCGUAACUCCAGGGACAUCAGAAACAACAGAAAUGAUGGUUUGUCGACUUUCCAACAACCAGAGAUAUCUGUUUUUGGAUGGAGAAAGCCAUUAUGAAAUAGAAAUUUCACAUAUUUCCACAGUCCAAAUUCUUACUGAAGGAUUUACUCCUGGAGAAAACGACAUUCAUACUUAUACCUGCCUCUUGGAAAGUGAACACAUUAUGGAAGGAGGCAAUACUCGUGCUACAGGUAUGCUACUUCAGUACAAAAUACCAGGAUCAGAUGAAUUCAAACAGAUUAAAUUUACUGCUGGUGAAGAUUUCAAUUCCAAUAAAAAGCUAGCAGCUACCUGGCUAGCAGCAAUGCAUAAGGUAACUAAAGCAAUUGUUAAUUAAA